AUGGUUGAAACCGAACGAGCUGGGGUGAGAGGUAUCAGUGAACCCGGCUAUGCCCUCCUAUCCCUCGAACCAGCUCCAUUUUCUCCUCAACACUCCCCGAUAAUAGAGGAAUGCGAUAUUAGUUGUGCCGCCGCGCCAGCUCAGACCGUGGAGGGAAUGGCAGAAAGGAUCAGCGCUUUAUUCGGUGUGGCCUUUAAUGACUUGAUACAUGUCCACGUCUCUCUCUCACAAGUUCCGUCCCCCGUCAAGUCCAUUUGGCUAUCUUCUACUGCUUCACUUCCGGUGCUUCUCCCUGCUUUCCAAUGCUGGUCCAACCGCUCCCCAUCCCUCCGUGAGAUGGUGUGUGAAACGCUACAGUCGAUAACACACCGUUUCUUACCUGAAAGGGACGAUGAAUCGACAUUCCGGGUCAAUUAUCAAGGGGAGGUGGAUGCGUCUGUGGAUCCUGGUAUCGCUAUUGCCCAACUCUUGGACCCGGACCCCUUGAAACCCGUAUUUCUCACCGGAUUGCGACUACCGAUUCUGGCCGAGCUUGGGUUCCGCUGUCCUUCCGACUUGUGCACGGUCGCGGAGCCCAUGGAAGAAUCUAACGUCCAGAUCAACCUGACACCGAAGUUUUCCUUCGUUGACCUCCAUAUUGAUUAUGGCGCAGACGGAGUCUCAGCACUUGUGGGUAACUGCCGGAAGAUCUGGCUCCUGUAUCCCCCGUCUCGAAACAACUUGGUUGCAAUGAGGACGGUGGACGGUCAGAGAGGUAAGCUGGCGCGGAUCAUGCACCGACUAGAGGGGGGAAUCAUGGUGGAGACCACUGUCGCUCAGUCAUUGUACAUCCCCGCUGGAUGCAUUCAUGCCACUUUUACAUUGCAGGGUGGUUUUCUCAUUGCGAGGGAUUUUACAACGUCUAUAUCCAUCGGUGCCAUUAGUGCUUACAUUGCAAGCGGCUUGGAGGGUAUGCUCACACCGCAGGCUCGCGAAGUCUGCUGGGAUUGGUUUUCUCGUUGCUUGGAUGUAUCUUUAGCGCAUGGCCAGUUUGACCGGGCGAUCCGGGCUUGGAUGGAUGCUGAACCUCGCCUUGCAACCUGGGCCUCUUCGCACCGGUACUGGCGCACGGCUAUGCGACGUAUUUGGGAUCUUUAUGUACAGGAGAUACCAGAGCAAUGCCCUUGUGGAACGCAAGGGGACGCUGUGCCGCAAGACCACCUGUAUUCAACCCAUCUCAAAUGUCUGCUUCCCCCGUCAAAGAUACGUCGACAGAAAAGGUCCGAUGUGGUAUAUUAA